UGGGCGGUUCCAAGCGGGUGGUGGCAGGGUCUGUUUCCGGAAGGGUGGGUGAAACGGCGGCGAAGCAGUGAGGAACGAGCGUUUUACCCUAAUCUUCUAAGGGCUCAGUGGGCAGGAAUGGCGGCUGCUUUUCGCAAGGCGGCUAAGUCUCGGCAGAGAGAACACCGAGAGCGAAGCCAGCCUGGCUUUCGAAAACAUCUGGGCCUGUUGGAGAAAAAGAAAGAUUACAAACUUCGGGCAGAUGACUAUCAUAAAAAGCAAGAAUUCCUCAAAGCUCUUCGGAAGAAAGCUCUUGAAAAAAAUCCAGAUGAAUUCUACUAUAAAAUGACUCGGGUUAAGCUCCAGGAUGGAGUUCAUGUUAUUAAGGAAACUAAGGAAGAAGUUACUCCAGAACAGCUAAAGCUAAUGAAAACUCAGGAUGUCAAAUAUAUAGAAAUGAAAAGGAUUGCAGAAGCUAAGAAAAUUGAAAGACUAAAAUCAGAGCUCCAUCUGCUGGAUUUCCGGGGGAAGCAACAGAAUAAGCAUGUGUUCUUUUUUGACACCAAAAAAGAAGUUGAACAGUUUGAUAUUGCCACUCACCUGCAGACAGCCCCGGAACUAGUUGACAGAGUCUUUAACAGACCCAAAAUAGAGACCUUGCAGAAGGAAAAAGUGAAAGGAAUUACCCAUCAGACUCGACUGAAGCGGAUAGCUAAAGAAAGACAAAAGCAGUAUAACUGCCUGACACAGCGGAUUGAACGAGAGAAGAAAUUGUUCAUUAUUGCACAGAAAAUUCAAACUCGCAAAGAUCUUAUGGAUAAGACUCAGAAGGUGAAGGUGAAGAAAGAAACAGUGAACGGUCCAGCCAUUUACAAGUUUCAGUCUCGUCGGAAACGCUGAAUUUUAUAGAUAAGCCUUCCCGUUCUGCAUCAAAAAUAAUUCCAUUUUUGAUAAUUCCAAAUUCUAUUAGUUCAAAUGGCAUGUUUUUUUGUGUGUGUAUAACCAUGAUUUAUUGAUGAUCUAAUAUUUGAUGUCUUUCUGUGAGCAGUAUUAAAACCCCUUUCCCAUGUCACUGUUUUUGGUUUG